AAUCGGCAGGGUUCUUCAAAUAUUCCAUGCACCAGAUUAACACCGGUUAUUCUCGCAAGGGCGGUCAUAAGUUAAUAAAAUUUCGUUAUAAGAUUAGGAGUUAAUAAUAGAAAAAAGUGGAAAAUGAGUGCUUUACGUUCACAUUUUGGGAAAUUGUAAAUAUAUAUUUUUAAUUUUGCUCAUUUUGUGAAUUGUGUCGACGUGAAUGAAGCUAUGAACGGUGACGAGUGAAACGUGUGCAUAGCGUGAAAAGAGCGUUUUGAAAGGAAGAGAAAAGUGGAACACUGGCGUAGUUCUAGAUGUACAUUGCUUAAAAAAUAUACUAAUUACAACAGCACACAGUUUUUAUAACUUUCAAUAUAAGUUAAAAGUUGCUUAUUUCAAAAUAUUAGGUGUGAAUUUUGAGAGCGAGCGAGCGAACGAACGAACAAGCAGCGUGCGAAAGCGUUAAGAGAGAAGGUGACAAAAUAUGAUUCAAAACGAAUUAUGGAUUUUGUACAAGUAGCAGAAGAAGAGGGUGAAGAGCCCAUAGAGCUUCCAGCUGAGGAGGAUGGAACACUACUUCUUUCCACUUUGCAAGCUCAAUUUCCUGGCUCAUGCGGUUUAAAAUAUCGUAAUGAAGACACGAAGGCGGUGCGUGGUGUACGCUCGAAUGAAGGACGUUUGUACCCUCCAUCUUCUGAAGAUGGUUGGGGCUCAAGCGUAUUUUUCUGUGUUUUUCCCAAAGAAAACAAACGGAAGAGUGAUGACAAUUUGGAAAACUCCACCGCUAAAACUAAACGUAUUGAAACUCGUUUACGUUGCACCGAUCUUAUAGUUCUGGGCUUACCCUGGAAAACUACAGAGGAUAGUUUACGCGAAUAUUUUGAAAGCUAUGGAGAGGUGUUAAUGGCACAAGUCAAAAAGGAUAUGAAAUCUGGUCAGUCGAAAGGUUUUGGUUUUGUACGAUUUGGUUCGUAUGAAGCUCAAAUGCGUGUACUUUCAUCCAGGCAUUUGAUUGAUGGACGUUGGUGUGAGGUAAAAGUACCGAACUCAAAAGGUAUGAUGCAUCAAGUGCCAUGUAAAGUCUUCGUUGGUAGAUGUACCGAGGAUCUAUCCGCUGACGACUUAAGAGAUUAUUUUUCGAAGUUUGGGGAAGUAACCGAUGUUUUUAUACCAAAACCUUUCCGUGCAUUUAGUUUCGUAACGUUUUUGGAUCCUGAAGUUGCGCAAUCUUUGUGUGGGGAAGAUCACAUCAUAAAAGGUGUAUCGGUUCAUGUUUCAAAUGCAGCACCCAAAUCGGAGCAAAAUCGAAAUUCUGGUCAUAACCAACAGAAUUACGCCUACAAUUCGCAAAGCAGCAUUGGCAGCGGUCUUCAUAUGCUGCAUCACCAAGGCAUUAGCGCUAGCGGCAGUGGUGGUGGCGGCGGCGGCAGUAGCACAACUUCUGGUCGUAAUGGCCACCAACGUUCUAGCAGCUCCACCAAUAUGUUGGGUGACGGUCCAAUGGGCGGUGGUGGUUCUGGCAGCGGCUCUUAUGGCAUGAAUGGUAACAGUUACGGCGGUAAUAACAAUGAAUUCAACAGCGGAGGCAGUCUGGGUGGCAGUAGCGGAUUGAUUGGCAAUUCUGGUAACCGGCAAGAUGGAUCCAACACUCCUUAUAAUCGUGGUAAUGGAGGUAAUUAUAUGAAUAGUCGUUCAAUGGGUCCUCAGCAUAGUGGCAGUGGCAAUAUGGGUUGGAAUAAUCAAACAAAUCGCGGGCAUCUAGAUAUGCCCAAUUUACAAGCACUAGGCAUAAAUCCUCAAGGGCCUAAUCAACCAAAUCAAGGUCAAAACAUUAACAACCCGUUGGGGGUGGGUCUCAAUUUGAACUCGUUGCCAAUGAAUCCUGCUAUUGUGGCGGCUGCUUUGAAUCAAUGGAGUUUAUUGGGCAACCAGUUGCAGAGCCAGUCGCAAGAUCAACAGGUAUCAAAUCAGGGAGGAAAUUUUUUGUCUUGGAUGGCCCAAGCAAGUAGCUCCGGAAAUGGUGGAAGUUUAAAUGCCGGAGUCAAAACCAACAAUUCAAAUAGUUCUAGUUCUAAUGGAAAUCCCGGCAUGGGUUCAGGAUCCUGUAAUGACACACAACAGAAUGGCAGUACUAAUACAGGCAGCCAAGGUUGGUCUCGUCAAAAUUCUGGAGGGAUACCACAAGGAUCGGCUGAUGGUAAACCGAAAUUUAUUUAAAUUUACAAAACUUAGUAGAGCGACGUGUGUGUAUGAAUAUUUUGACGCGAUGUUUAAAUUCUGACCGGUAUUUCAUUAAACAUUAAAAGAAAUAUGUAAUCGUAAAAUGGUUAAAAUUAUGCUUAACAGUAUCUUGAUCUGAAUAAAGUUUUAACCUAUAUUGUAGUGCAGAAC